AUGGCAAAGAUGGGAAUCACGCCGAAGAGCCCCCAUGCCAUUCGAUCUGUCAAGGAGUGGAAGCGGGUUGAUAAUGCCAAUGUUGUCAGCAUUCACGAAACCUUCACCACAAGAGCCUUUGGAGAAAGCUCCCUCAUCUUUCUACAGGACUACCACCCGCUGUCUAAGACGCUCCUCACGCCAACUCUGGUGGCAGGCGGCCGAUUUCAACCCAAGCCGCCAAUUACCGAACAGGUUCUCUGGGGGCACAUUUGCCAGAUCGCCACUGCCCUUAAGUUAAUACACGACAACAACCUAGAAGCGCGCUGUGUGGACGUUGUCAAGAUUACCCUGACGGACAAGAACUGGAUUUGCCUCAACGUUUGCUCUGUACUGGAGUGGUUCACUUAG